CGAUUUUUAAUAUUUUUAUGUUGUUUCUUUAUAGAUGUUUACUUGCGGACAGCUUUCCUGCGGCAAUUUUUGCGGACAGAUUUUUUGCGGAGAUUUUUUACGGACAACUUUCCUGUGGCACUUUUUUGCAGACAGAUUUUUUGCGGACAUUUUUUACGGACAAUGUUUUGCUGACAAUUUUUUCGCGGACAAAUUUUGCAGACAGAUUUUUCCGGACAAUAUUUAAAAUAGAAAUAGUCCGCAAAAUUUGUCCGCAAAAUUUUUUAAAUUUUUAAUAAUAUUUGAUUCAGAUUUUUAUAAAUAAAUAAUGACUAGCAACGACGAAAUCAAGUCUAACACCAACACAAUCGCUGAUUCAAAAACGACAAACCCUUUGCAACCUGAGACGAUCUUUUGUGAAUACAAGGAUUGCAAGUUUCGUUUUGAUAUAAAUCUCUCCUCAACCCAAAGACAAGUCCAGUCUGGUGACCACGAACUCUUAAUGGAAUUGACUACAAAAGAUGGGCAACGUCGCGUGUUCAGUCUGGAUGUGCACGCUUUGGCAUUUUUACAUGAACAAUUGGAAAAAGUUGAGCAGGCAUUUCCUCGAUGUUAUGUUUACAAUAAAUGA